AUGCUCUUCGGUGCCCUCAGCUUCGUCGCGACCUCCCUCUUCGCCGUCCUCAGCACCAGCUCGCCCGUCCCCUCCCUCCAAACCCGCGCCGGCGGCCCACUCGCCAAGCCGAUCCCCGCCGAGUGCAGCGUGACAAACCCGCUCGCGGACCGCAGGUCCGACUGCUGGCAGCCUAAAGCCAGCACCCGGCCGAACCAGAUCUACGCCUACUACCUCCCCAUGUCGACGUUCGAGUACCGGAACCGCACCGAUAUCUGGACGCAGUGUCUCGAGCAGUGCUACGGCUACGGCUACACCGGCGACUGCAAGGCCGCAUUCAUGGCUGAGAACGUGCCCAGCGCGCCCGUCUAUACCGCUCCUGGAGGCGAUCCGUCGAUUGCUUGCCUUAUGUACAACAGGCCGUUGACGAGGGGCGACUUUGAAAGACCGACUACGCGUAAGCAGUAUGUGAAUGCGGAGGUCGGCGGUAUCUCGUGUCCGGCUUAG